UAACCUUUUAAAUGUUAGAAAUUUUAUUCAUGAUACUUUGCUUAGAGGAACAAUAAACAUCAAAAGUCCAACAAACAUCAAUCAUCAAAUGAACACAAUUAACUCCAAAAAGCCUAAUAAUAUUUUAAAAAUACCCAAAUUAUCCAAACAAUCACAACGUUUAAUAAGGCAGACUGAAACCGAAGAAAAUGGAGGGAUUAAAAAGGAGAAACCGAAAAGAUACAAAUGUUUUUUGAUUGAAGAUGAGGAGGAGGAACAAAUUGUGGAAGGUCACCAACAACAAAAUAAAAAACAAUAUUUAUCAGAUUCAGCAAAGGCAGCCCUUGAACAGCGAAGUUAUUUUGCUGGAUUUUUAAAAGAUGGGAAUGAAAAUAAUAUAAUGGGUUGGGAAGAUGUUGGAAAGAGCGAAAAUCCGAGGAGGUCCGAAGGGACUAAUUUUCAAUAUUUAUUAGAAAAAGAACAACAAGAUCAGCAAGAGACUACCAAAACACCUAUUAUUGAGUAUAUUGAUGAUUAUGAAACUUCUCCAAAAGAACAUCAUGAAGAUGUAUAUAUACCCGAUUCAAAACGCGUUUCUUCUGGAUCUUCGUAUAAUAAAGAAACAGAAUGGGAGACAAUACCUGCAGUUCAAGCUAAGUUUUCAACAAAAGAUUCUAAUCGAAUGAAUGAAGCGGAAUCUGUAAAUAAUCAAAAUUCUGUAGACUACUCUGCUUCUGUUGAAGCAAAACAAAGAAAACAACAUAUCGAUGAAAAUAUAAGCGAUAAUGAAAAAUUUGAGGAAGAAGAGGGAGAAGAAUCUGAAGAAGAUUUGUAUAGUGAUGAAGAUAUUAAUUCAAUAACUACUACAAAAUCACCACAAAUCCCUAAGAUGCAGAGAAUUCCUCAAAGAAAUGUGAGUUAUGGAGGUUCUCCUCGAGCAAGAGUAUUUCCAGGAUUAACAAAAUUAAUCACUCAAACAAAUAGUCUAGUAACAACAAAUAAACCGGUAAUUCAACAAUCUAAGAAACAGAUAGUUAACACAAAAGAACAAAAUAUUGUUAAAGAAUAUGCUAGUAAGGAGAACAAUAUGGCGUCGAAUCGCAAUAAUGUUGAUGAAAAUGUUAAUACAUUAAACAAGGCAAAACAAAAUGAAAAGAAUGAAUUAUUAAAUCAAAACUUCGUUACAUAUCCACCACAGCAACAAAAACUUAGGGAAGUAAAAAUGCCACCGCGUGAUUCUCAAGGGCGCCCAUUACUAUUAUCACCUGAACACUGCAGAAUGAUUUCAAGUUAUGCUCAAUUAUAUGGUGCAUCUCCAAGUUCUGUACUCUCAUUUGUUCGAAAUAAUUGUGCCUUUGUUAAAAUGUAUUUACCCACAGCAAGCUGUUCUGAAAUUGAAACACUCGUCAAGUCUUGUUAUGAACGUAAAGUGUUUAUGAGAAAACAACUAAUAAAAAAGAGAUUUUUAUAAAAUGUGUAUAUGUAGAUAAAAUUAUAUUUAUUUUUGUUAGGUUUCGAAUUUUGUCUUAAAUAUUUGUCUUAAGAAUAUAGGCAUAAUUCACCUAUAUACUGUAGGUCAAAUCCUUAGACUUCUUCCAUGGCACCUUGCCUUUGGACAAAGUGACCUUGAACGAUUUCCUCUAUGGCAUUAUGUCCUUUGACAUUUUUAUCUCUGGCGUUAUGUUCUUACAGUAAUUUUAUACAGUAUCCAUUUUUCUCUUACUCUCUCAUCCGCUCUAUUUCGUCCACAUUCUCUCUCCCCCGGCAUUCCACGUUUAUAU